AUGCAUUUGCUCACUGUACACUUAUUUAUAAAGUACUGAAAACAUUGUUUUUCCUUCCGACAACAGGUAAACAGGAAUAAAUAUCAAUGGGAGGAGGAAACCAAACUUAUAUUGUAGAAUUUAUUCUACUGGGACUCUCAGAGAAUCCUAAAGUACAAAUCUUAUUAUUCUGUAUUUUCCUGAUCAUCUAUUUCCUUUCUGUAUUUGGAAACCUGCUCAUUAUAAUCCUCAUCCAAAUUGACUCUCGACUUCAUACACCCAUGUACUUUUUCCUCAAAAACUUAUCCUUUGCUGACCUCUGCUUCUCUACAAGCAUUGUACCCCAGAUGCUGGUCCACUUCCUUUCAAAAAAGAAAACCAUUUCCUUUAUUGGAUGUUCAAUACAGAUAGUUGUCUUUCUCCUAGCAGGGUGCACUGAGUGUGCGCUGCUGGCAGUGAUGUCCUAUGACCGCUAUGUCGCUGUCUGCAAACCCUUGCACUACUCCACCAUCAUGACCCAGAGGGUUUGUUGUCAGUUGGCUAUAGUUUCCUGGAUCAGUGGAGCAUUCGCAUGUUCAGUGGACAGUGCAUUUACACUGUGUAUCCCUUAUCAGGGACAAAAUAUAAUUAAUCAUUACUUCUGUGAACCCCCUGCCCUCCUAAAGCUGGCUUCAGCUGACACCUAUAAUGCUGAAAUGGCUCUGUUUUUAGUGGGAGUGAUUAUUCUAUUAGCUCCUGUCUCACUCAUCCUUGUCUCCUAUGGGAACAUCAUCUCCACUGUGAUCCGGAUGCAGUCAAGGGAGGGAAGGCUCAAGGUCUUUUCAACCUGUGGGUCCCACCUCACUGUUGUGGUCCUCUACUAUGGGUCUGGAAUAUUUGCCUACAUGAGACCCAACUCCAAGACAAUGAGUGAAAAGGAUAAGGUUGUCUCUGUGUUCUACUCAGUUAUGACUUCCAUGUUGAAUCCAAUCAUUUACAGCCUUAGAAACAAAGAUGUGAAAGGGGCUCUUGGGAAGCUGGUUGGAAGACUGAGCACAGUCAAGGGCGGUGCUACAGAAAUGUAAAGGGUACUUGAAACCUUUCAAUUGACAAUAUAGUUCUAGCAUCUUUAUUCAUUCUUUCCCUUGCUUUCUUCUU